AUGGAAGGUGAACAAGAUGUCGUUCGGGAUGCCGACUGGCGUGAGGUGAAUCAACAAGAUAGUCUUGACAAAGUUGGGGAAAGCUUUGAGGACGAACUUGGCCACAACAGGGAGGGAUUUGGCAUCCCUCCAGCGAAACCUCCACAGUAUGAGGACAGGGACCGGGCACCCAAGAGGAAACGCGGGUUAUCAAACACUGCUCUCAGACCACUGUACUACAAUAAGGUACCUGUGAGGGCACAGCAACAAGUAAGACCGAACCAGCCACGACAAAAACCAAUGCCUGGACGGCCCAGGAUCGAUAGGGGUCUUCGAUCUUGUUCCCCACAAUCAUCUCCUCCAGGCACAACGGCUUGCGAUGAAACCAACAUUAACUAUAGACUCAGCCUCGACAUGUCUUGUAAGAUAACCGAUCUCACAAUCUGCGCUAUCCCAAAUGGAUCGUCGAUCGUGGCAGCAACUGUCUGUUAUUGCGUCUCAAAUCCAUCUCUUGACCUGGUAGCUUUAGGUCAUAGGUUCUUUGGCAAACAAGGCAAAGUUAUCUGCAUGACCCAGCUAUUGUCGGAUUUGUGGGUAUUGCUAGGUUAUCGGUGUAACAAUAGUGCCCUAGACUUAUUCAGUCGCGGAAGGUUGAAUACGGAGUGGAUGAGCAGUUCCUACAGCGAUGCUGCUAGUCAUGGAACGGACCACUCAGAAGACGGCUGGGACGAAGAGGGCAAGGAUGGUGAUCAAGGCACAGAAGUAUACAGCCGACGAACGCACAAGCACUGGCUAGAGUCAGACGAAGAGCUUUUGCUGUCAUUAAAGGAUAAGCAGAGUAUGGAAUGGAAGGAGGUGUGUAAACGCUUUCCAAGUCGGUCACCGGGCGCAGUAAAAUUGCGUUACUACAUGUUACACAAGAGGAACCGGUAA